AUGGCCUCUACUUUAUCAUAUAACGUUUCCGGAGUUUUGUACGACUCGGACUCGGAACAGGUGGACUACGACGGAAAAUCCUAUGACUACUACCUCAAAUCGGACUACAAUGAUGAAACGUUCAAAGAGGACUUUUUGGCCAGGUAUCUUGGAAAGGGCCCGAACAUGGAGCGCGUCCUGCUCCUAAUCCCGUCGGUUACCCCGAAGGUGAACGAGAACUACGAGGACUCGCUGAGGUUCACCAUAAAGACGCUAAAUGACUAUCUUAGCAGUAAGUACUCGCUGGUCAUUUGUCAGACCUGCGUGUCCUGGUCCGACAAGUCGUCGUACUACUUCGUAAACCAGUGGUACAACAUGCUCCCCUCGGGAAAGAAGAAGAACCUGCUGAAGGUGUACCUGAUCCACUCGCCGAUGUCGACGAAGACCCUGCUCACGCUCUCCUCGCCCUUCAAGAGCGCCAAGGACACCUCGAAGGUCGAGGUCGUGGCGAACAUCUCGGACGUGCUGCUGAAGCUGGAGCUGAACAAGAAGAGCAUGCUGCGCAACUUCCCGUACAUAGUCCAGAGGACGGAGGAGAUCAACCUGGGCAUCAACCCGCCCCUCUCGCCAUUCGGCACUGAGUUGUGGGUGCUGGGCGCGCGUCUGGGCCAGCGGUUCAAGGACUUCAGGCUCAUCCCGCCGGUGCUGUCGAACGUGCUCAGCGCCAUCGAGUCCAAGGACUUCGUGACAGCCCCCAACCUCCUCAACCUCCAGUGCUCGGCCGAGGAGCUGUACGAGGUGGUGACGCGCGUGGAGAACCUGGGCGAGAACUGCAGCUUCAACUCUCCCAACGAGGCCGUCGCCGUGUUCAAGUUGAUUUUAGACAUUCAGCCCGAGCCCCUGUUCGGCAACAAGGGCUACAUGGCCAUCAAGAAUGCAGUUUUGGACAAGGUGUCCACCGAGGAGGUCUUCAGCAGCGUCAGGAGGCUGAUUAAGGGCAUGAGGCCGGAGCAGGCAGAGUGCAUCUACUGCAUCAUAAAGACCCUGAGGGCCGUCGCCAGAAACCACCAAAAGAACGGAAUGUCCCUAAAGCUCAUUUCCAAGGUCAUGGCGCCGAGCUUCUUCAGGCCGAAAACUCCAGAUCCAUACAUAUAUCAGCUGACCCAGACCUCGGAGCACGUUGUUUCCAACCUUGUUGAGAAGCCUAACAAGUUUUUCCCUUCUGACAAGGACGCCAAAUUGGUUAAAACUUCAGAACGCGCAGAGUCGACUGCCAACACUACGGCCAGCGGCAACGGCAGCUCUCACAGCGCUGAGCGGCGCAGUCACAGCAGCAGCAGAGCUGAGAGCAGCUCUGACAAGGCCGCCAAGGAGAGGAAGAAGAGCGGCACUAGGCACAGGUCGAAGGAUCCUGUUGCCACUCCCGGCGACGGCAACUCUGCUCACGUCGGCGACAACGGCGGCACCAAUGUUGAUAAAUCAGAUUAA